AUGUCUGCUCAAGGGGGUGAUCAUGUUGAUCAAGAUCCCUUGGGAGCUGAAAUGCUUCGACCUCUCAGGGACUAUUUGCACCCUCCGAGGCAAACUACUCCCUCUUGCAUUGUACUUCCAGUUAACCAUCAUAGAUUCAACUUUAAACCGGGUACCAUUCAGAUGUUACCUACUUUUCAUGGUAUGGAUUCGGAAAAUCCGUACACUCACAUGAGAGAAUUUGAAGAGGUCUGCGGCACUUGUGUCGAUCAGAAUGUCAAUGAGGAUACUGUGAGGCUAAAAUUGUUCCCAUUUUCAUUAAAAGACAAAGCUAAAAUGUGGUUAAACACAUUAGAGUCGAGAUCAAUAGGAACAUGGAGAGAAAUGCAAACUAAAUUUUUAAAGAAAUAUUUUCCGACCAAUAGGACAGCAUCCCUUCAAAGACAAAUGAUGAACUUUGCUUGUAAACCCACCGAGUCAUUUGCUCAAGCUUGGGAUCGUUUCAAAGAUCUACUUCUUACUUGCCCACAUCAUGCUUUUGAGCAGUGGCGGGUGGUUAGUUUUUUUCAUGAUGCCUUAACCCCUAACCUUAAGAUGUUAGUGUCGACCAUGUGCAAUGGUGAAUUUUAUGAGAAGACACCUAAAGAAGCUUUUCACUUUUUCGACACUUUAGCUGAGAAUACUAGGAAUUGGGAGGUAAGUCCAUUGUCUUUGGAAGACUCAAGAGAGCAUGUCAGUCCACAACCUCGAGGAAAAUUUCAAAUAAGUGAAAGUGAUAACAUCAAUGCCCGGUUAACAGCAUUAACAAAGAAGAUGGAAGAAUUAGAGUUAAAAAAAACCAAGGCCGUCCAUGAGGUGGAAGUCCUUUGCGUGGUUUGUGAGACGAAUGGCCAUAUGACAGAAGAUUGUCCUACCAUUCCUGCUUUUAAAGAGGUCCUCUAUGGCCAAGCAUCUGGAGCACAACCACGUCAGACAGAGGGGUACAAUCCUAAUUCCAAUACAUACCACCCCAACUCCCGUAAUCACCCUAAUUUUUCAUGGAGAAAUGAUUCUGCCGCCCAACCCCAUGCACCAUUCCCCUCACAGCCACAGUCUUACCAACCAAACCAAGGGUCAUCUGGUGCAUAUCAACCUCCUCAUAAGAGAUCUCUAGAGGACACCCUACAACAAUUCAUGCAAGGUCAAAUAGGAACUAAUACCCAAGUAGCCAAGUUUCAAGAACAAACAAAUAGGGCUCUAGAAGAUAUGAGAAGUCAGCUAACUAAGUUGACUCAGACCUUGAGUGUUAGAGAACCAGGAAAGUUUCCCUCACAACCAAGUCCUAACCCCGUAGGUCAAGCCCAUAGAGCCGAAGGGUCAUCUAGUGAGAAUCAUGAACAAGUCCAGUCUGUCACUGUCCUUAGGAGUGGGAAAGUAAUUGAGAAACCUAAGGACCCUAGGAUAAUGUGGCCUACCACUAACAUAUACGAAGUAUUCAAACAAGUAAGGAUAAACAUUCCUUUAUUGGAUGCAAUUAAGCAAACGCCUUCGUAUGCUAAGUUUUUGAAGGAUCUCUGUACAGUCAAAAGAAAAAUCAAUGUGCGGGAAAAAGCAUUCUUAACAGAACAAGAAAAUGCGAAACCUGUAAGGCAAAUGCAAAGGCGUUUGAACCCGAACAUGAAAGAAGUUGUCCGGGGAGAGGUUCUUAAACGGUUAGAUGCAAGUAUCAUCUACCCCAUCUCAGAUUCCAAAUGGGUCAGUCCGACUCAAGUUGUACCUAAGAAGUCAGGAGUCACUGUGAUAGCAAAUGAGAACAAUGAGCUCAUCCCUACGCGCAUCCAGACUGGAUGGCGUAUGUGCAUUGAUUAUAGGAAGCUCAACUCUGUGACAAGGAAGGAUCAUUUUCCGCUUCCAUUUCUAGAUCAAGUCUUAGAGAGAAUAGCGGGACAUGCCUUCUACUGCUUCUUGGAUGGGUACUCAGGGUAUAAUCAAAUAGAAAUUGCGUUAGAGGAUCAGGAGAAGACCACAUUCACUUGUCCAUUUGGGACAUUUGCUUACAGACGAAUGCCAUUCGGUCUAUGCAAUGCCCCUGCAACAUUUCAAAGAUGCGUGAUGAGCAUUUUUAGUGAAUUGGUAGAGAAUGUGGUGGAAGUUUUCAUGGAUGACUUCUCAGUGUAUGGAGAUAGCUUUAAUAGUUGUCUGAAAAAUUUAGAAAGAGUCUUAGAGAGGUGCAAGGAAACGCAUUUAGUGCUAAAUUGGGAGAAGUGCCACUUCAUGGUCACUCAAGGAAGUGUCUUAGGACACAUUGUUUCUUCUAAGGGUAUUGAGGUCGAUCAGUUUAAGGUUGAAUUAAUUCAAAAAUUACCCGCCCCAAAGAAUGUGAGGGAUGUUAGGUCUUUUCUUGGCCAUGUUGGUUUUUAUAGGCGCUUUAUUGCUUCAUUCAGUGCCAUAGCCAAGCCUUUAUGUCGCCUUUUAGUCCUAGACAUGCCCUUUGAGUGGACCAGUAAGUGUCAAGCUGCUUUUGAGAAAUUAAAAAACUCACUUGUUUCUGCACCUAUCAUUCAGUCCCCUGAUUGGUCCCUACCAUUUGAGCUGAUGUGUGACGCCAGUGAUUACGCGAUAGGAGCCGUGUUAGGUCAGAGGAAAGACAAGAAACCUUAUGUGAUAUAUUACGCUAGCAAAACUCUUAAUGAGGCUCAAAAGAACUACACCACGACAGAGAAAGAGUUGCUAGCAGUUGUCUACGCCCUAGAUAAAUUCCGGUCUUACCUCGUGGGGUCACUGGUGAUUGUUUUUACUGACCAUGCUGCUCUUAAAUAUUUAUUAACAAAGCAAGAUGCAAAACCCCGUCUCCUUAGAUGGAUCUUAUUGUUACAAGAAUUCCAUAUUGAGAUCAGAGACAAAAAAGGGGUAGAAAAUGUGGUAGCCGAUCACUUGUCUCGUCUACCAUGCCAAAAUCUUAAUCAAUUUGAAAACCCAAUCCAAGAUUCCUUUCCUGACGAACAAUUGUUUCAAACAAACACUCAAACUGAACCACUCACCUUUCCCUGGUACGCUGAUAUAGCAAAUUAUCUAGUCACUAAACAGAUCCCAGAUUAUUGGUCCAAACAAGAUAAAGAAAAAUUUUUUAGGAAGGUGGUGACAUUUUUCUGGGAUGACCCGUAUCUGUUCAAAUAUUGUCCUGACCAAAUCAUUCGUAGAUGCAUCCCUAAUCAUGAAACCAGUGGUCAGGCUGAGCUAGCUAAUAGGGAGAUUAAACAUAUCUUAGAAAAGACCGUUGCCACCAAUCGCAAAGAUUGGUCUUUGAGAUUAGUAGACGCUCUUUGGGCAUAUAGGACUGCAUAUAAAACGAUCUUGGGAAUGUCUCCAUAUAGAUUAGUGUAUGGUAAACCUUGUCAUCUUCCUGUGGAAAUUGAACAUAGAGCAUAUUGGGCAAUUCAAAGAAUCAACAAAAGUUUGACCGAAGCAGGCUUCUCUAGGAAGCUCCAAUUAAAUGAGCUUGAUGAAAUAAGAAACGAUGCAUUUGAAAAUGCACGACUGGCUAAGCUUCGCAUGAAAGAGUUGCAUGACCGACGCAUCAUUAGGAAAAGCUUUCAUGUCGGGCAACAGGUACUUUUGUAUGAUUCUCGAUUGCAUUUAUUCCCAGGAAAAUUAAAAUCAAGAUGGGUUGGCCCCUUCAUAAUCAAGUCCAUCUCGGAAUAUGGGGCUUUCGAAAUUGAAAAUCAAGAGUCAGGGCAAUGCCUUAAGUACUAUCCAUCUCUCCCACAAAAUGAUUUAAAAAAGAUUUAUGCCACUAGGUGUGAAAGACUUCGGAUGUUGAUGUAUAAAAAUAUCCCUGAGGAUAUUCGCUGGUUAAUUGAAGCAAAAGUUCGAUUUCUUGGCGUUACUUCCAUAAAUCGAGAUGAUAAAAUUUGUUUCAUAAAGGAUGGGCUGAGUAAGGAGUCUUUGGAUGAUAUCCGAUUGACUCUUGAGACGCAUCCGUGUGGAAUAGUGCAACGAGAAAUUCUUGCUUUAUGGACCCAGUUUAGAAGUGACCACCAACGCUAUAGUCUUGGGAAUCUGACUAUAAUUGACUCUGUUUGCCAAUCUAUAAGAAAAUUGGAUGGGAAGCCU